CUUUGUUCAAGAUUACUUGUUUAUUUUGAGACAUGUGUAGACACAUUUGCAUAAAUGGACUGUGCAUAUUCUCAAGAAUUUACUGCAAUAACGGAAAAGGAAAGUUCAUCUGAAAGCAUCCAGACCGAAGAUUCUAAGAAAGAGGAAAUUAAAAGAUCAAAUGAGCCUGACUCGGAAAUACCAUGUUCCUCUACAGCAGGCCACGGAGCAAGUGAUCCUGCAACAGAAUCUACCGUAAGUUCGAGCUCCUCUUGUUGCCGAAUUUGUCAGGACAAUGGAGAAACAUCUGAGCCGUUGGAAACAAGUCGAUGUAGUUGUAAAGGUCAACUAUCGAAAGUGCAUCGCAGUUGCCUUAUUCAGUGGGUUCGAUACAAAGGCUCGAACCACUGUGAGAUAUGUUGCGGGACGUUUCGAGGUGUGUCGCCUCCAGCAAAUGCACUUGACGGCAAUCAACUUGAAGCUCUGGAAACUUUAAGACAACAGUUGGUUCAGUUCCAACCACUCUCCCACCGGAAACGGACAGCGCUUCUUGGUUUUAUUAUAUUUCUUCUCCUGGUUACCGGCUUGACAGGAAUACUGACAUUUGGUGCAGAUAGAGAAUUCCAAAGGGUCACAGGGGAUCCAUACGCAACAGAUCAUCAAAUGAAGAAAGCUCAUAUUGUAUUCUCGAUCUGUUUAUCAUUUCUGUUCUUCGCCGUUACUUUGACGCUUGGUUUAAUACUAUUAUGGUUGUUUAUAGAACUAUUUUUCUACAUUCAACGGCGGAGGGUUUUGCAACAAGCUGCAAACCGUAUGGCAGCCGAACUCAGGCGUAGGCAGCGGGCUGCGCAGGGAACUUCUUUGUGAAUAACUCAUAUGUGAUUGACAUUGACAAAGAAAUAAAGAAAACAAUACAGUUA